CAAACACACGACGCACAAUGAAUUGCUCAAGUAAAUCUGUGACUCACUUCCUCUCUUAUUACAUGUGCAUAUAUAUAUGUCUUGGUUUGCUUUUAACUACGAACUGUGAUUUUGUGCUUCAUUCGACAAUUAAGGAACCCACAGCAAUCGCAAUGGUGAGAUCCAAUUACAAGUGCAAAUGAGUCUUUGGGUGUCUUCUUAAUGGUUGCAAGGUAAUGGAACAUGUCGUUCGGGCGCUCAAACAAUUCCUCAAUUCGAGACGCAAUUUCGAGUAUCGUACUUUCGCGGCUAUGGUGGACUUGAGGCCAUUCAAUUCAAGGAUCUCAAGCUUCAUGAGAAGUGGUCUUGUUGAAGAAGCACAAGACCUGUUCGACAAAAUGCCUCAGAGAAGCACAGUCUCGUAUAAUGCUAUGAUCAGAGGAUAUUUUCAGAACAGACUUUAUGAAAAGGCUGUGUUUAUCUACAACCAAAUGCCUGUCCGUGAUACAUUCUCGUACAACACGAUGAUCGCCGGAUUAAUGCAGUUCGGGAACGUUGAAGGAGCUGAAGCUGUUUUCAAAACCAUGGCGUGUAGGGAUGUUGUAACUUGGAAUUCGAUGAUUUCAGGGUAUGUUAAUAAUGAUUGGGUCGAUGAUGCAGUCAGGAUGUUUAAUUCGAUGCCGUCGAAAGAUGUUGUUUCGUGGAAUUUGAUCAUUGCAGGGUUAGUUAAAGUUGGGAAGCUGGAUGAGGCUGUAAAGUUGUUUCGAGGAAUGAGUAACCGCGACGUCGCGUCAUGGACUAUUAUAGUGAAAGCAUUUUUAGGCGCGGGCCGGAUUGUCGAAGCAAGGCGAGUCUUUGAUGCAAUGCCGGUAAAGGAUAUUCAAGCCUGGAAUACGAUGAUAGGUGGUUAUGUAGAAAACAAAGCUGUCGAAAAUGCAGAGGAUUUGUUUCACAAGAUGCCGGAAAAGGACUGGAAUUCAUGGAGUGUAAUGAUAGACGGGUUCGUGUGUAACGGGAGGAGUAACGAUGCCUUGAGGCUAUUCGAGGAGAUGCCGGAGAAAUGUGAAAAAUCGUGGAAUACGAUCAUUUUUGGAUUCGUCAAGAACGGUUUGGCGAGAGAAGCUCACGCCAUUGUCGAGAAAAGCCCAUUUGGCCGUAUCGUUUCUUGUACGAAUAUCAUGGUUGGAUACUUCGAUAUGGGAGAGGUCGAAAGCGCCGUCAAAGUUUUUGAAUCGAUGCCCUGUCGCGAUACGACUGUAUGGAAUGCUGUUAUAUGUGGAUUAGGCGAAAAUGGUCGCGUCGAAGAUGGAGUGAAUUUGUUUAUCGAAAUGAAGGAGUACGGUUUCCAUCUUGAUGAAUCGACGUUUACGAGCUCUCUAACUAUAUGUUCGAACUUGCCGUCCUUAAACCUCGGAAAACAAAUUCACGCGGAAGCUGUCAAGCUAGGGAUUGAUUCUUUUGUUCCUGUCGGUAAUGCAUUUGUUACGAUGUACUCUCGAUGCGGCAACAUGGACUACGCUCUACUUACGUUUAACGCCAUGGCCAGCCACGACAAGAUUACGUGGAACUCGAUCAUAUGCGGAUUGGCUCACCACGGCCAUGGCGAGAAGGCGAUAGAGAUGUUUGAAAAGAUGCGAUCAACGGCGAAUAUGAAGCCCGAUCAAAUAUCUUUUGUUGGUGUUCUUUCUGCGUGUAGCCACGCCGGGCUCGUCGACCAUGGAAAACAUUACUUCAAUCUUAUGCAAAACGAAUAUUCUCUGGAGUCGACGACUGAGCACUAUACGUGUAUGGUAGAUCUGUUGGGAAGAUCCGGCCUUAUCGACGAAGCCGUUGAUCUUUUGAAUCAAAUGACAGGAGGUGGGCUAGAGAUUCGCGCAAGUCUUUGGGGAGCUUUACUCGGGGCAUGUCGAAUGCAUAAGAAUUUUUCAAUCGCUGAGAUCGCCGGAGAAAAGAUUUUGGAGAUGGAGCCGUCAAACUCAGGUAUGUACAUGAUUCUUGCUGAAAUGUAUCUCGCCAGCGGGAAGAGGCGAGAAGCUUACGGUGUGUGGAAUCGAAUGAAAGAGAACGGCGUGAAGAAGCAACCGGGCUGUAGUUGGGUCGAAUCGAGCGUUACGGGAAAUGUAUUUCUAUCCGGCGACAGGACACAUCCCAACUUCGAUAGCAUAUCCGCCGUGCUGUCGCUGAUUUACCGAGAGAUAGAUACGGAAAACAUCCCAACAACUGAUGAAUAAAGCAUUGGAGGGGUAUUUUUUAAACUCUGUCGACAUUCGCCGUAGAAUAGAUUCGACGUUUCAUUUCUGCCUUUCGAUUGCGACAAAAUGGCUCGUUCAAACCGUCUUACCUUACAUUCGACGCUAAAAAAAAAAGGGCAA